AUGUCGCUCGGAUUGUUCUCAUUUGACGGCCCCGCGCUUACAUCUCUUCGGCUCGCGCCUCUCGUUGCAUCUACAGCAUUCAUAACUGGCGUCCUCGACCAGCAGAUAGCUUUCUCAACAUUCGCCGAAGCACUUUCAGGCGGACGACAACCAGCCAACGAGACUCUUCCGCUCUGGCUAUACAAUUAUACAUGGCGAGUGAUAUGGGUCUGCGGCACUGCCUAUCCUGCAACCAUCGCCUUAUUGGGUCUUAAUUUGCUAGUAGACCCAGCGGAUACAAUGAGUACGCAGACUAAGCAGUUGUAUACCGUUGGAUUUGUGUUGACCGUCAUCCACUGCUUUCCCUACCAAUACGCAGCACGGGUCAGGAAGGCUUUGUGGACGAAUCAAGGCAAGGUAUCGGAUGUAUCGUCGGCGAUGGCUUACUUUGCGGGGUUAAAUGGGCCACGGUUGUGGGUGCUUGAUGUUCCUGCUUGGUUCUUCAUAUUUGCUGCCGUGGUGUCUCAAUUCGGAUGA